CUCUUUUCUCCCUCCUGUCCAGUGUAAUUCCCUUGUAAUCUACACAUAUGAGAUAUGACCCCUUCGCUUUCUCCAUUCUUUUUCCGCCAUUGAAAGUGACUUGCAUCUCAGCAACCCCUUUUUAGCGACCCCCCAUUUUCCAUAAUACUUUUGAAAUAUCGACGUGACCUUAAUUUCUCUCUAGCUUCUCGUGAUCUUCAACUCUGUUUAUAAACUGAAACGCCAUUCUCAGUACAAAGUGCUCCACUGACUGGAUUUCUAGGAGUCUCUUGAUUGUCUAUGGUUCACCUUCAGGCUCUUUUGGAUAUCUAUAAUGCACAAUGGGGAGCUCGAAUUCUCUAACCAAGAAAUGGUGUCAAGUUCUAAUUUUGGUGAAACUCCAGAAUGUAGUUCCACGGAAAGGCUUUUCAAUGAAAUUCUCUCGGACAUGCACGCUUGUAUUCAUACCCACACUUGCAAUCCACCCGGUCCUGAUAACUCACACACACACACUUGUUACCAUGUUCACACCAAGGUUGUUCCUCACCCAACCGAGGAUAAGAUCCUCAGUGAUGAUACUUCAGAGAAUAAGUUAGGAAAGAAACGCGCUUUGAGUAAUAAGGAAGCAGUUCGCAAGUACCGUGAGAAAAAUAAGGCUCGGGUUGCAUCAUUAGAGGAUGAGGUAGUUAGGUUGAGGGUUAUAAAUCAGCAAUUGUUGAAGAGGCUACAAGGUCAAUCCGUCUUGGAAGCUGAGAUUACCAGGCUCAAGUGCUUGCUUGUGGAUAUCCGAGGAAGGAUUGAAGGUGAAAUUGGAGCUUUUCCAUAUCAGAAGCCAAUGGAGAGUGGGAAUGUAUGUCAGAAUCUUGUUAAUUCUAACCUCCCUGGAGCUUAUGUGAUGAACCCAUGUAACCUACAAUGUGAUGAUCAGGUUUAUUGCCUCCAACCCGGUUCAGAAGAAUUAAACGGACAAGGCCUCAAUAGUUGUGGAUUUCAGACUCUUCAGUGUUUAGGUAAUCAGGAACCUAAGGAAGUUACUGGGUGUGCAUUGGCCUAUGGUACUCCUACUGCUGAGGCUUGUUCCGGGAAUAGGAGAAAAGGAGGGAAACGUGCAGCAAUGGCAAGUUGGUCAUGAACUGAAGGAGGUGUCUUUGGUCUUGAUAAUAAUGUACAUUGUAUUAUGUUUCUUCUACUUACUUUGGGAUUUUUUUCCGGUGUCUCUUCUUUGCUAAGUUCAAUUUUAUUA